CUCCAGGGAGCUGACCAUCUCACCACGUAUACCUUCAACACUCACUCCGCCCAGCACACCUUCUGUAAGACGUGCGGCGUCCAGAGUUUUUAUACCCCGCGUUCCAAUCCAGACGGUUACGGAAUCGCGCCCCAUUGCCUGGAUGAUGGGACCAUCACCAAGAUCACGGUGGAGCCGAUCAAUGGGAAGGAAUGGGAGAAAGCGGUGAAGGGCCACCCGACUAUCAGGAAUAUGUCGAAGCCUUGACUGUCCUUUUUUCUGGAAAAACCUUCUUUUAAUUCGGGUUUCGUUUAGGAAACCAAAAGGUGCCAUUUUGUAUGUGUGUGUGUAUCUCUCUCUCUCUCCUGCCUAUUUCCUCCAUCGGAUAGAAUAGCGGCAUAGAAACAGGACUCUCUCGAUCCGACGCAUCAAAAAAAUACGUGUAAAAUAUUUCUUUCCUACCUUGAGAAAAAAAGAGCGAUUGAGAUUUAAAUGUCGCAAGACCCAAAAACUUACACCAUCGAUGUUUGCUCAUGGUGCAAAGAUCCAGAGGGGAAUUUCCAAGAGGGCCUCCCCCCCCACCUACGGAUAGUCCUCGACUUACCACUUUUCAUUUAGCGACCGCUGGAAGUUUUACAUCAUCAUUGAAAUCAUUGCCCGGCCCUCCUGUCGGAGCCAAAGAAGCUUCUUGGAUGAGAAGGGAAACGUCUUCUUGUGGGAGCUUCAUCACGGGGGGGCUUUCAAGGGGAGAUCGGACUGCCAUUUGUCGGGGAUGGUGUAGGGGGUCUCUUGCUUGAGCGGGGGGUUGGACUAGAUGACCUCCAAAGGUCCCUUUCCAACUCUGUUAAUCUAUCUAAUAGUGUCUUCAAAGAAAAAAAUCAGAAAGUCCAAGUUGCCUCUUGAAAGAAAAAAAAAAAAAGCAUUUUUUGGGACAACCUGGAUGACGGAGGACCUCCAUAAACAUUUAGCAUUGAAAAAAAAAAGUGACUUAUGACCGAUUUUCACACUUAACGACCAUUGCAGCAUCCCUAGGGAAUCACGAGAACAAAAUUCGGACGCUCGCUAACCGGUUCGUUUUUAUGACGGUCGCGGUGUCCCGGGAUCACGGGAUCCCUUUUUGUGACCUUCUAAAAGGCUAAAUCCACGGGGAAAGCCAGGCCCACUUAAAAACCGCGUUCCUAACUUCGCCCCUGCAGUGAUUCACUUAGUAACGGUGGCUGGGAAAAAAACGUUGUACAGCGGGGCCAAACUCGCCGAACCAAGUGUCUCGCUCAACAACGGAAAUUCUGGGCUCAAUUACGGUCGUUACGUUGAGGAUUACCUGUAUUUUGGGGGUCAAGGAGAUCUCCUCCAAUGGAAGCAGGAGAUUCCAUCUAACUGAGAUUCCUUUCUUAAUUAAGACGGCCUGAAGAUUCGGAGAAGAUCUCCAUUAUUUAAAAAAAAAUAAAAGAAAAAAAUGAAUUCUUAAAGAUUUUUUUUUAUCGGAAGGAAGCGCUGAUCCAUCAGAAAUGAUCCAUCAUUUCUCUGGAGGCCUCAUUUUAUGACGGUCUUUAAUUCGACCCGUGGCUUAACCUUGUGGCCAGAGCUGCCCAGCGUUAAGAAACUUGGUUUGUCCUGCCGAGUGGGGGGGGGAAAUGUCUUUUGUGUAUUGUGUGAAUGCCUAAAGUGGCUUCAUUUCAGUUUUCGGUUUUAGCGUUUAGGUAUGAAUGCUGUUUUAAACGUCGCUUUGUCCAAAACGACACUUUUCACUUUUUUGAGGAAUUUCUUGUUUUGGAAAAAAAAAAAAAAGGAAUAAAAAUAAAAAAAAACACGUAUUUUUAAAACG